AUGGAUUAACAUGCUUGGUUUCCGCAGCAAGCACCGUCCUUUAAAAAUGUGGGACUUGAAACAUCCAGGAAAAUCUUUGAGGAAUCUGCCAAGACAUUAAUGAAAAGAGUUCCUAGCAUAGGAGGACCCCAUAGAAGGCAAUUCUUUAUACAUUAGGAUAACAAAGAAAUUCUUCAAUGGGUCUCGCCUAAGAAAACCUACAAUAAAUCAAGAGUAAAACUAAGAGAUAUCGAAAGAAUUUACUUUGCUUGCUUUUACUCUAAAAAACUAUAAAAGCACAAAAAGAGGCUUGAGAAAAAAGAACAUCUAUGUAUAAGUAUUGUGUUUGAUCAGGGGAAGGUCCUUGAUUUAGUAGCUCUUGAUGGAGAUACUUUCAAAUUUUGGCUUACUGGGAUUUAAUUAUUCAUAAAUGACUGCUACUCAAACCCGAAAUCCCUAGUUUCAGCUAGACUUUAAUAUUAUCAAAACAUAUGGGCUGAAGUAGACCUUGAUAUGAAUAAGCGACUGGACCUGAAUGAGAUAAAGCUACUCUUAAAUAAGCUCAAUAUCUCUGUGAAAGAAGAUUAUCUCUUUUAGUUUGUUUAGAAAUAUGAUAAAGACAGGAGUUGUGCUCUCGAAUUCGAGGAAUUUUACACAAUGAUGGAUGAUAUACAUUUCAGAAAGGAAUUAUUACCAGUGUUCAAAACAUAUAUGAACUAAACUUAACCAAUUAUGCACACUAAAGAACUUUAUGAGUUUUUACUAGAGUGCUAGGGUUAAAGCAUCCCAUAUGAUGAGUGCGAUAAAAUCAUAAAAGAUGUUAUCAAUGAGGAUAAAAUACUUGAAGCUGCUCAAAAAAAAGAAAAACCCGGAAGUGAGAAGGCAAUGGUCUCAAGAGGUUUAGACUUUAUGAGUUUCUCUCAGUUUUUACUCACUGAAGAAUUUAAUGAUUGCUUCGACCCGAAGAAAAAGGAAAUAUAUCAAGAUAUGACUUAGCCACUCUCUCAGUACUAUUGCUACUCUUCGCAUAAUACUUACCUUACUGGGCAUUAAUUAAAAGGUGAAUCCUCAAUUGAGAUGUAUAAAGAGAGUUUAUUAAACGGAUGCAGGUGUAUUGAGAUUGAUUGCUGGGAUGGGCCUAAUAAUGAACCUAAAGUUACUCACGGCUACACACUUACCUCUGCUAUAACAUUCAGAAGUGUAAUAGAAGCUGUCGAGGAAUGCGCUUUCCAAUAUAGUUAGUAUCCAGUAAUCAUAUCUCUCGAAAUGCAUUGCAGUUAAAAAUAGUAAGAAGUGAUUGCUAAUCACAUGAUAGAUGUGUUAGGAGAACUCAAUAUAUACAAAUUGCCUAAUUACAUUACAUCAAUUACUCAGGCAGAAGAUAUCCCAAGGUAUCCAUCUCCGGAAGAAUUAAAGAGGAAGUAUGUGAUAAAAUGUAAAGCAAAGAGAAUACUCCCUCAGGUUGAAUUCUAAGAGAAAGAUCUUAUUGGCAAUAUCAACUAUUAGAGAGGCAAGACAAGAUUACUCACAGACGAAGAUAAAUAAACUCAAAAUUCUAUCCCUGACUUUGAUGUACCUUUUCUAUCAAAAUAAAUUUACUCAGCACAGGUCAAAUAAAUUCGAGAGCCAAAAAGACAUAACAUAAGUAAAAGCAGUAUUAUAGAUUAAAACUCUGAUGAAGAGAAUGAGGGAGAGAUGGAGGAAUACUAUUAAAAGAUAGACGAAGCUUUGCCAGAAUUUUCUGAGAAGGACUUGAAAAAGCUGAAGUAAAAAAUGAAUCAAAAACAAUCGGCUGAAGCAGAAAAUAAACUGGCUGCACUGACCUCUAUGAUUGGUUUUCACUUUAAAAAAGGACAUCCCUGCUAUCCUUGGGAAAUUAAGAGCUUAGAUGAAAACAAGAUUCAUAAAGGGAUGGUAAUGUAUGGUAGAGAAUAUUGGCAAGAUCAUCAUUUUUCAAAUUUCACUAGAGUGUAUCCUAAAGGUGUGAGAUUUGAUUCAUCAAACUACUCUCCUCUUGAAGGAUGGGCUGUGGGUGCUUAGAUAGUAGCUCUAAACCUUCAAACCAAGGAUGAGCAUCAGCUGAUCAACAAUUGUUAUUUUGAGUAAAACGGAGGUAAAUAUUGUGGCUAUAUUUUAAAGCCACCCUUUUUGAGAGGACUGUUACCUGAGUCGAAUCUACCAACAAAAACUAUAAAAAUCAAUUUGCUUAGUGGCUUCUAGCUACCCAAGAAAGGUGAGAGAAAAGACAUAGUUGAUCCUUUCGUUACAAUAGAGCUUAAGACUACUAGUUUUAAAGAUAACAUUAAAAAUCAAGAAAUGGUCAAGACCAAAUUUAUUAAGAACAAUGGGUUUAAUCCGAUAUGGAGCAAGGAGUUCAAGUUCAAGUACAUUGAUGGAGAGUUGAACUUUUUGAUAUUUAAAGUGUAUGAUAUGGAUGAGACUGGGGAUACUCUACUUUGCUGGAACGCAGUCAACAUAGAAUGUCUAAGGAAAGGCAUCAGAGUCAUUACAAUGAAGGAUAAUAAAUUGAAAAAAGUGGUCAGUAAAUUAAUAAUCCACAUCACUCCUAAUGAUACAUAGAAUAAUUAAUGA